CAUGUCACCCGCGAAGAACACAAACCCAAUACUGGAGCAGAAGAGGAGCUUGUGUAUGUCCUUACCCUCAAGCUGACGGACUCGUUGGCGAAGCCAAUGAACUCAAUGCGCGAGCAAUACUUCCCGAAGAGGCUCAACAGGACCCCUGCACACUUGACUUUGUUCCAUGCUCUUCCCGACUCUCGAGUCACCAUAAUAGACAGUAGCUUGUCGCAGCUUUCUGCCAAUACAAAGCCAUUCUUCGUCUCGACUGGAAAGCCAUUCCGUAUGCGCCUUGGAGUCGGUAUCAAUGUCGGCAAAGGGUACAACAGAAUGAAGCAAGUCCAUGAAGACCUGAGAUCGCAGUGGAUGCCUCAUCUCAGUGAGCAGGAUCAGGGAGGGUGGAGGCCGCAUUGGACGGUUAUGAACAAAGUCAAUGAGGAGAAGAAGGUCGACGAUGCGUUCCAGGCGGUCGAAAAGGAAAUGCUCCAGGAUGUCCGGGGAGGGCAAGCAAUUGGUCUCGACCUGUGGCGCUACGACAAGGGUAACUGGAUAUUCGCCAAUGAGUACAAAUUC